UACAUUUUAUGGUAAUCCCUGAGGUCGCUGGACAUCCUGUAACAGUACAUUUUAUGGUGACACUGAACCAUAUCCACCCAAGCAUACAUGUAUCAGCGAGUUGAUCAAUCAAUCAAUCAUUCAAUUGAUAAAUUAAAAUGUAUUUAUAUUGCAUAUGUCAUAAAGUGCUUAGUAUUUAUUCCCACUGCUCGUUGACCAUUUUCAGUGUUGGUUGGUUAUUCACCAUGCAACGCGGUAGCCUACAAGCCUAGUCAAUUCCUGCUAGUGUAACAAGAUAUUGGAAAUGAAAUAUCAACUCCUUCUCCCUAUUUGACCAUGUUUCCUUGUUUUCUCUGUCAGGCUGCAGCUCAGGAACUGGACGAGCUAUGUUUCCUCUCAGCCCAGUCCAUGUCCACUCUGGAGACCUCCGACCACUUCCAGAUGGUCAAGCUGCUGGGAGAGGGAUCCUACGGCAAGGUCAUGCUGGCCGUCCACAAGAAGAGAGGMACUCCCAUGGCUCUGAAGUUCUUCCCCCGCCAGUCCACAYCCCUCUUCUCUUUCCUGCGUGAAUACAACCUCUCCCUUUCUUAUUGCRCUCAUCCCUCUCUCACCCGGGCCCUGGGUAUCUUCUUCUCCACCCCCUGCWACUACGUCUUCGCCCAGCAGGCUGGUCUCUAUGGAGACCUCUACAGUGUCAUCGUGUCAGAGGUGGGUGUAGAUGAAGAGUGUGUCCAGAGGGUGAUGUCUCAGCUGAGUGGUGCCGUCUCAUACCUCCACUCCAUGGGCUUCGYCCACCGGGACAUCAAACCAGAGAACAUCUUCCUGUGUGACCGCGCCUGUCGCUGGGUCAAACUGGGUGACUUCGGCCUGGCCCGCCCCACUGGCUGCACCGUCCGCGCCGUCUGGUACGACUCGCCCUUCUGCACGCCUGAGGUGGAGCAGGCCAAAGAAUCUGAGAAAGUGAGGGAGCAGAGAGAGGAGGAUGGAGAGGAGGAGGAGAACAUUUGGAUCACAGUGGAGACCACUAUAGACAGCUGGGCCCUGGGCGUGCUGGUCUACUGCCUGYUGACGGGAUGCUUUCCCUGGGAAGAGACAACCCACGACGACCCCGCCUACCGGAGGUACAAGGAGUGGUACGACCGCGAGACGGAGAGGGAGGAAAGGAGCGAGGGACUGAGAGGGGARRAGGAAGUAAUUUGGUGCGAAGRUGAAAGKGAAAAGRACAAUAUCYUGAKCCUGGAGAAGAAUCAGAAGUCRAACCCURUGGCCCCACAGUUUGAAGGCUUCAGCCCACUGGUGAUGUCUCUUUUCAGGGAGCUGCUUAACCCACAGCCCAGGCUUCGAGGAGGCCCUGACGAGAUCCUCAGCUACCUGGGUGGGCCYUGGUUGAUGGARACGGAGAGAGAGGAGAAGAGGAAAGCAGAGGAGGUAGAGAAGGAGGCCAGGAAAAUAAGAGAGGCAGGAACGGUGGAGGAAGGGAGGGAGAGGGAGGGAAGAGGGGAGAGAUAA